GGCGCCUUCCCCCCGAGGCGGUUCAGCGCGCGGGACGCGGAACUGACGGGCGGGGAAGGCGAGCCAUGGCGGCGGCGGCGGCGGGAAUAACGGCCCCUGGUCCGCGUCGCCUCAGCCGGCCGCUGCGGUUCCUCGCGCUGCUCUUCCUGUCCCCUGGAAGCCCAUUCUUUGUGAAUACAAUGUGCUGUUUAAAGAAAAGAGCAAUACACUUCAGAGGAGAAGCUAGAAAUAUGUCUCCAGAUUCAGAGGCUCAGAAUGAAACUAGUACGUCUAUCCCAGAAAUUCAACAAAUGCCUAAUCAAAUUCUUGGAAUGGAAGGAACAUCUGUUCCAGCAUAUGUUUUUAUUAAUUCAAAAAGUAUAAUUCUAAACUGUUUGAGUGAAACACUGUUAAUGAGGAGAAUUACUGAUCCCAAGUGUCAAUGGACUGGUCCCUUAGGACCAAUAACUGAAGAGACACGAAGAUUUUUUUUAACUGAUGAUGGUAGUUUGGAGAUUCGCAGCGUUCAGGGCACUGAUGCUGGACCUUAUGCUUGCAAAAUAAACUAUGCAGACGAAGAUAAGCCAAUGACUACAGAAACUAAUUUCAUGGUUUAUGUGUAUCACAUGCCAGGAAGGAGUAUACAUUUGUCGUCUGAAUUUGUCAUUCAAACCUGCGAAAUGAAUCUUGUGGCUUCAUUUGAAAAGUUCCUCUUAGAGCAACUGGAGAACUUAACCCGCAGCCUGGAGUGUGAGAUCCGACAGUGGCAGGUAGAGUGUCAUGCUGCCACAGAUACAAUGGACAAGCUAACAUACAAGCUUACAUUUCAGUUUGCUGUGUUUCCUUUAGAGAUGCCUGUAACAGAUCUGUGUAGAAGUUCUCCAUGUGACUAUUCCAACAGCAACAUCAAAAAGGCUUAUGACAAGAUCAGGGUGUUAUUUGAAGACCACAGUGCUGACUCCUCUCACAGCGAUACUUUAAAUUACAUUCCUGGCUCCCUGACCGGUGUUAAAAUAGAUCACUGCAAACCAGGAUUUGGGAAAAACAUAAGCACCAUCGACAACAGUACGCAGUGUCCAGGGUGUUGUGUUACGUGCCCACCUGGUAGCUUCAGUGCAAAAUACGAUACCGUCUGCAUUCUUUGUGCGGCUGGAUCUUACAAUGACAAAUAUGGCCAAGCAGCAUGUGAAAACUGUCCAAAGGCACAGAGUAGCUAUGAAAAAGGUGCCCAAACGGAAAGAAAAUGCCACAGAAUUCUGCCAAUGUGGCUUGUUUUUUUAAUAUCGUCCACAGCAACCAGCCUUCUUCUAGUAACUAUAUGGGCGGUCAUAACUAAAUGCUGCAAGAGAACACUGGCAGCCCAGUACAUCCGAGAAGCAGAAUCUGAAGUGAAGAAGAGACUGCAGACAUUUGCAAACAUUGCCAGUGAUGCAGAAAUCCAGGAGCAAAGAAAUAAACUGAGCCCCAUCAAAGUGCAGAGGAAAAAACAGCCCAAAUACAAUGUUGACUUUGCAGAUGAGGAAUCCGUAGGACUAUUAAGCAAUGACGACGUGACGGAACCAUCCACGUCCGCUGGCGUCAGUCCAUCUCCUGAUGUUACAGGACCAAGUGAAUUAGAAACCAGCUUUGAAGACCAGUCACCACCCGCUUUGGAAAAAGAUUUCACUCCAAAGGAUCUGCCAUCCGAUCACCAGAAAUUUGUUAACAUCAUGAAGGAGAAACGGUCCACUCUGGGACACCAACUCAAGCGGGGGCAGGCAGCAACAGGAUUGCGGCACCCGCCUCUCUCAGAGAAGGCCAUCUUUCAGGAUUGCCAGGGCAGCUUCAGUCCCAAAGUACGACUGAAAUGA